CAUCCACGCAUUAGUAUAUGCUCCUUUUAUCUAUUUGUUAAGCAGACGGAGCGGCCCCAAUAACCCCAGAGUUCACAAUAUUUAGUAGGAGAUCUCGAAAUACUUAUUGGACAUUGAAUCAAACCCAGUGCAUUCCAAUUUGGGCCUGUCGCAAGCGUGACGCCAUUGUCAAGCUUUUGCUGAUUACCGUACUUCGUUCGAGGCUGUAAUCAGAUUUCAAAGUCAGGUUCUAUGGCUAGUUCUGCAGGAGCUCGAGCCCCGGGUCUUCACACGCCUACUCAAUCUUUCAGUGGCUCGCCAGCUGAGACAAUGACUCCCGGUCCCUCCCUCAACAUUUCCGGCGACAAGAUGCCCAAGUUCAAGGAGGAAGCUGAUCAUUUCAAGCAACGUCUCUCAGACCAGAGGUUCAACAUGAGAGACUAUCCGGACCCGCUGCUUCCUCGGGACAUUGCUCGCGAGCGUCAUGUGCCUCAAGGGUACACAGCUGAAAAAGAAAAGCACCUUUUGGAUGCGAUUGCAAGGGUCAAGGCUGGCGAGAGUUUGAAACAGGCAGAACGUUAGCCUGAGAGGUGAUGAAGUUCUGUACGUUGGUAACGAGAUACAAGUUUGGUCAUUCAGACGAAGGAGGUGGAUAGAUAUCUUGAUAAGUGUCCGUUCAUAGUCGUAGCAAUUGUUUUACUAUGUAUUUCAACAGAAAUGGCCGCAAUAUAUAUUCUAUUAAGAGUAA